AUGUUUGGUGGUGGCUUUCCACCUGGUGGCCUUGGUGGCCUCGGGGCCGGUGGCAGUUCUUCUUCAUCCGAUGGCAAAGACUCGGGCGAUGACGAUGAAGACUCGGACGACACUCCUCCAGCCACCGGCAAGACCUCUCAUAUUGACAGCAAAGGUUCCGGCGUUGAUGCCAAAGCCUCGGGCGACACUCUUACUCCUCCAGCCACUAGCAAGGCUUCUCGUGAUAAUAGCAAAGGUUCCGGCGACAAUGCUAAAGUCUCGGACGACACUCCUACUCCUCCAGCCACUGGCAAGGCUCCUGGUGACGACAGCAAAGAUUCCAGCGAUGAUGAUAAAGACUCGGACGACACUCCUACUCCAGCCACUAGCGAGACUUCUGGUGAGAACAGCAGCAAAGAUUCCAGCGAUGAGAAAAAAGACUCGGACGAUACUCCUACUCCUCCCGCCACUGGCAACACUUCUAGUGAUAGCGGCAAAGGUUCCGGUGAUGCCCCCCCAGCUGCUGGCAAGGACUCUAGUGAUAGUCCUCUACCUGGCGGCGAACCUCCCGGCGAUACUCCCCCACCUGCUGGCAAGGACUGUAGUGAUAGUCCUGUACCUGGCGGCAAAGAUUCUGGUGAUACCCCCCCAGAUACUGGAAAGGACUCUAGUGAUACUCCUCUACCUGGCGGCAAAGCUCCCGGCGAUACUCCCCCACCUGCUGGCAAGGAUACUACUGAUGCUCCUCUACCUGGCGGCAAAGCUCCCGGCGAUACUCCCCCACCUGCUGGCAAGGAUACUACUGAUGCUCCUCUACCUGGCGGCAAACCUCCCUGCGAUAAACCCCCAGCUACUGGCAAAGACUCCAGUGAUACUCCUCUACCGGGCGGUAAAGCUGCCGGCGGGAACCCUAUGCCUGAUGCUGCUGGUGCUGGAAACCACGUCAAACGUUCCAGUGACAGCUCUUCCACUUGGGCCGUCGGGGCCGUCGGUAAAGCUUUCAGCGGCGCGACUUUACGGACGUGGCUCGGCGGCAAGAUUCCCAGACGCGGCAUUUUCCGCAGGCAAUUUGGCGGUUUUGGCGGUUUAAGCCCAGGCGCAGGCGGCAGCUUGUUCCCUGGGUAUGGAGGCGGCCUUGGGGGCGGUAGUGGUUGGACUCCCGGCCCAAGCCUGGGCGGAGGCUCGGAUCAAGCGUCGCUCUCGGGGAAAAACAAAGACUCGGGCGACUCAGCGGGCGACUCUGACUCAUCCUCGGGGGGUUGCAAAGAGGUAACCCUUCUCUUCGCAAGAGGAACAGGCGAACCGGGAGACUUGGGCUUAUCACUUGGUCCUGCAACGGCGCAGGCCCUGCAAGCAGCCCUCGGCGGCGACAGACUCUCGGUCCAAGGCGUGAAAUACGCAGCCUCUGUCCAGGGCAACUUUAACAUGGGCGCCGACCCGGCCGACGUCAUGAUCAUGCAGAAGCAGAUAGCAGACAUCCUGCACAGCUGCCCCAAGACGAAGCUCGUGGUCGGAGGAUACAGCCAGGGCGCCUCGCUCACGCACCGGUCUGUCAGCGGCCUUCCGCGAAGCCAGAAGCGCAGGAUCGUAGCUGCCAUUACCUAUGGCGAUCCUCUGAUGAUCUGGGAACAAGGUCAAAUAGCCAAUUUCCCCAAGUCCAAAACCCACAUCGUCUGCGACAAUGCCGACGGCAUGUGCAACGGCUCGUAUGCCUUGACGCCCGCUCACUUCAUGUACGGACCUCGCGUGAAGGAGCAGAUCGACUUCAUCAUGUCCAAGCUUCGAGAAUGA